AUGUUCUUCACGUUCUGGUUCCAGUUCUUCGCGGCCAUCAUCGCCGCGGGGUUCCUGUACGGCGCCAUCUACCUCCUCAUGCAGGACAAGGCGGAGAAGCACAUCCACCACGUCGCCGCGGAGAAGGACACGAAUCUGACAACCGCGGAGCUCGCCGCGUACGACGGGCGCACCAGCGGCCGGCCCAUCCUGGUCAGCCUCUGCGGAAAGAUCUACGACGUCGUGUCCUCAGCGGCGCUGUACGGCAAUGGCGGGCAGUACAACUCCUUCGCCGGAAAGGACAUCACGGUGGCGUGCGCCAAGUUCAACAAGACGUCCGAUGCGUACUUCAACGCCCAGUGGACCGGGCUGACCAAACCCGAGCGCGAGCUGCUCGCAAAGUGGGAGGAGCUGUUCGCUAAGAAGUACCCGGAGGUGGGCAAGGUGACGGACGUGGACAACAUGGCGCCGUGCCCGCAGAGCAACGAGGGUAUCGCGAUGCAGGCCGACGCGUACUCGACGACGCUUGGGAUGGACCUCUUUGCCAAAAAACACAUCUCGUAAUAA